CCCGCCCCUGACAGUUCACGUGCUCGGGUCAACUGACAUGUUUUCCUCCGGAAAGCAGCUCUGUCCGCUCCUAGAGGACCUCCGAGCUGCCAGAAACGCUCCCAGCCAUGUCCGCCUCCACUAGAGCAGCCUGUCGCUUGUCGGGGAUACGAGGCAGUUUGAAAAAUGUCAGAAAAGUCUUCGACCGCUGCGUGAACGGCGUCGUCCAGCGGACGUUUUCUAGUGCUACGCACGAAGAAAACGAGGCUGAAGUCCGAGAGUCCACUUUCUCUGCUCCCAACUUUCCUUCGCCUCUGAAAACCAAACUGAAGCUGAACGACAACAUCCUCCCGUUUUCAGCCUUCCUGAGGGACGGCUUCGGCCGCAGACACAACUACCUACGAAUAUCUCUGACUGAGAAAUGUAACCUUCGCUGUCAGUACUGCAUGCCGGAGGAGGGAGUGAAGCUCACGCCGCGGAACCAGCUGCUUUCCACCUCCGAGGUUCUGACCCUGGCUCGCCUCUUCGUCCAGGAGGGCGUGGACAAAAUCCGCCUCACGGGAGGGGAGCCCCUCAUCAGAGCGGACGUGCUGGAUAUCAUCGCUGAGCUGAAAAAGCUGCAGGGCCUGAAAACGUUAGCAGUCACGACCAACGGCAUCAACUUAUCCAGGCUUUUGCCCAAGCUGAAAGGCGCCGGUCUGGACCUGAUCAACAUCAGCCUGGACUCACUGGUUCCUGCAAAGUUUGAGUUUAUCGUCCGGCGAAAAGGGUUCCAUAAAGUCAUGGAGGGCAUCGACAAAGCAGCCGAGUUAGGCUACAACCCCGUCAAGAUCAACUGCGUGGUGAUGAGAGGCCUCAACGAGGACGAGCUGCUGGAUUUUGUGGCUCUGACGGAGACGAAGCCUCUGGAGGUGCGCUUCAUUGAAUACAUGCCCUUUGAUGGCAACAAGUGGAAUUUUAAGAAGAUGGUGAGCUACCAGGAGAUGCUGGACCGGAUCAGGCAGCGGUGGCCCGAUCUGGAACGGCUUCAAGCCGGACCUGCAGACACCGCUAAGAUCUUUAAAGUCCCAGGAUUCACGGGCCAGCUGGGCUUCAUCACCUCCAUGUCCGACAACUUCUGCAGCUCCUGCAACCGUUUACGAAUCACAGCAGACGGAAACCUGAAGGUGUGUUUGUUUGGGAACUCCGAAGUGUCCCUCAGAGACGCUUUGCGUUCUGGAGCUCCUGACGAAGAGCUGCUGCAGAUUAUUGGAGCAGCUGUGGGACGGAAGAAGAAGCAACACGCAGGCAUGUUCAGCAUCUCCCAGAUGAAGAACAGACCCAUGAUUCUCAUCGCAGACGCGUUUAAGCCAAAGCUACAAAACACACAGAGGGCUUCAUCCGAGACCCGUCAGCAUGAAAAAGACUCGUUUCUUCAUCCAGCUGAAGCUCCUCGUGUGUCACGUUCAGCCAGCAGAAGAGUCCUAAACACAGAGGAGUUCAUGUGCCUUCCAGCUUCAGCUCUGGGUUGCUGGUUUGAAACCUCCAGUAGUUCUAGCGUUAAAACACAUAUCAGCAAAAAAGGGCAUUAUGAUGUAGCUCCGCCUCGCUGCUCAGAGUUUAGUCGUGGACUAACUUUCAGCCACACUGCAGGUUUGAUGACGCGCACAAACGGACGCUCUCUCAGGUACGCACAACCCUCUGGUCCUGAUGCCAGGACCGCUCUCUCUCCAAGGACCCCGGGAACGUUGGUGUUUUCCACAAAACCGAUGAGCCCUAAACCCAACAGCGUUAGGAUGUUUCACAAUCACAACUCCAGUCAAAUCAACAGAGAGUCGAGAAGCAAUCAGACUCGGUCCAGUUCUGACACCCAGCUGAGUCACGUCGACUCCCAGGGCCGAGCCACCAUGGUGGACAUCGGGGGGAAACCUCCCACGUGUCGAACAGCCACAGCCUGCGCCACCGUCAUCCUGGGCUCCACUGCUUUCCGCUUGCUUCGGGACAUCCAGCUGGCUAAAGGCGACGCUCUGACCGUGGCGCAGCUGGCUGGGAUCAUGGCGUCAAAGCAGACGUCAUCCCUCAUCCCACUCUGCCACCCGCUUCCUUUAGACCACGCCUCCAUCGCCUUUCAGCUCGACUCACAGCAGAGCGCCGUCAUCAUCACUGCAACCUGUCGCACCACCGGGAGGACGGGGGUGGAGAUGGAGGCCCUGACAGCCGCCUCUGUGGCGGCGCUCACCGUCUACGACAUGUGCAAGGCUGUGAGCCAUGACAUCAUCAUCACGGAUGUGAAGCUCCUCAGCAAGACGGGCGGGAAGAAGGACUUCAACCGACACCCGUCGUUGGAAAACUGAGUUUUAGAGCCGCAAGAAACCCGAUGACACGUCUGACAACAUUUAGCAGAACUAACACACACGUACGCACAUACGCGCGCGCGCGCGCACACACACACACACACACACACACACACACACACACACACACACAGGAUGGUUUGACUUGCCCUGAUUCUGCAUUUUUCUCUCCACACUAAACGUUUGUUGUACAAAACUUUAUAAAUGUUCGGUCAGACUUUUGAUAAUCCCGGUAUUCUCGGCUACGUAACUAAUUUAUUAUCCUGGGAGGAGAAACGCGUUCUGGGAUUUUAGGAUUCCUGAUUUGGAAGCUCUUCAGUUAACACACAUUGACCUGUGCCUCUUGAAUUUCACUGACAUUUGGCUACAGAAUAAUUUAUAGGUUGAAUCACGUGACUGGACCCGUUUUUAGCCUGAGCACUUCCUGCGUAGGCCACUAGAUGGCGCUACACAGAAUAAACAGCAGCAUCAGUGCUGCUGAAAUGAUGAAUGUAUCUCCAGUCUAAAUAAAAUAAUCACCAUGAAAACGUUUA